GCGCGGGAUCUUCUUAACCCCCCUCCUUUUUUUUUUAGGUAUUCACAACACACCAGGCGGCGGAUGAAGCCUUUCUGUUACGGAGACCGAAACAUCUCGUGUAGGAACAGAGGUGAAUUUAUUUUCUCCCCCCCCGUUUUUUGGGGAUGCCUCCGUCUCGGCGAGAUUCCUGGUUGUGAAGAGCUAUCUGUCUCCAGUAUUUAUGUAGGGCCCGGCAACAACCAUGUCUGAACUGAAAGAUUGUCCCCUUCAAUUCCAUGAUUUCAAGUCUGUGGACCAUCUGAAAGUGUGCCCACGCUACACGGCCGUCCUGGCCCGUUCUGAAGAUGAUGGGAUCGGCAUUGAAGAGCUCGACACGUUACAGUUAGAGCUUGAAACGUUGCUGUCCUCUGCAAGCCGCCGACUUCGGGUGCUGGAGACUGAAACCCAGAUCUUGACAGACUGGCAAGACAAGAAGGGAGACAGGCGAUUUCUGAAAAUUGGCAAGGACCAUGAGGUGGGUCCUUCUAUCAAACAUAGCAAGCUCAAGAAGCAGAAGCUAGACGUGAAAGGAAGCCACAGCACUCCAGGACGGCCCAAAUCCAAGAACCUGCAGCCUAAAAUUCAAGAGUAUGAAUUCUCAGAUGAUCCAAUUGAUGUGCCCCGUAUUCCUAAAAAUGAUGCACCUAACAGAUUCUGGGCCUCAGUGGAGCCAUACUGUGCUGACCUCACCAGUGAGGAGGUUCGUACCUUAGAUGAUCUUCUCAAGCCACCUGAAGAUGAAGCUGAACACUACAAGAUUCCAUCCUUAGGAAAACAUUACUCCCAGCGCUGGGCCCAGGAAGACCUGCUGGAAGAGCAGAAGGAUGGGGCUCGGGCUGCAGCCACUGCGGAUAAGAAGAAAGGCAUCUUGGGACCUCUGACCGAACUGGACACUAAGGAUGUUGAUGCUUUGUUGAAGAAAUCAGAGUCCCAGCAUGAACAGCCAGAGGAUGGGUGCCCUUUUGGACCUCUCACCCAGCGCCUCCUGCAGGCACUUGUAGAAGAGAACAUCAUCUCCCCUAUUGAAGAUUCGCCUAUUCCUGAGAUAGCAGGCAAAGACUCUGCAAUUGAUGGUGCCAGCACAUCCCCUCGUAGCCAGAACAAGCCCUUCAGUGUACCCCACACAAAAUCUCUCGAAGGCCGCAUCAAGGAAGAGCUGAUUGCUCAAGGUCUGCUGGAGUCAGAGGACCGGCCGGCAGAGGAUUCAGAGGACGAAGUGUUAGCCGAGCUGCGGAAGAGACAGGCUGAGCUCAAGGCGUUAAGUACCCACAACCGGACCAAGAAAGUUGAGCUGCUCAGGCUGGCCAAAGACGAACUUCACAGGCAAGAGCUGCGUCAACGUGUGCGCAUAGCCGACAACGAAGUCAUGGAUGCCUUCCGCAAGAUCAUGGCCGCCCGGCAGAAGAAGCGCACCCCAACCAAGAAGGAAAAAGACCAAGCUUGGAAGAGCCUCAAGGAGCGCGAGAGCAUCCUUAAGCUGCUAGACAGUUAGUGCCACAAGACGCCCGGCCGAGCUUCUUCUCCGUUUGAACCCUAAUAGAGGCGCCGGCUGAAGGGGGGACGUCAGCCGCCGGUGUAGACUAUAGCAGCCUCCCUUACUGGUUUGUCAUCAUUCCUCUGGCGCUAUUUCAGCCGAGACUCUGGACAGGUUGGCUUCCCAGCAGUGUGCCUUCUCUUUUUGGGUGUGGCUUUGAGCCCCCGUGGUGGGCUGUGAAACGAGCAUCCGGAUUGCUUACAACGGCAGUCCCUCUUUUGAUAUCUGCAGGGGCAAGUUAUGCUGCAGUGUGAAGGGCGAGACGGAACAAAAUCUUUAUUAGCCGUAUGUACCAAAUACCAGGUUUUCGGGAUCCGUCAGCAGCAUAAACUGGAACCGAUAGUUCUUGAAGUUAGAUUAUUAUUUUCCCCUUCCUACUGCCGCUCUUCCUUGAUUGGUGUUAAGGAAAACAGCACCUUGAAAGCUAUAGGCACAACGUAAGGUCAAGUGUGGGAGCAUCUUUUCUUGAAGGGCCUGUCUUUUCUUGCGUGGGGAACGAUUUAUUGACUCUGUGGCUGCACCAGACGUAUCUCAUCAGCAGCUAGGACUGAGCUAAGACUAAACAGCCAGGGAAGAUCUGAGGCGUGGGUAAAAUUGCUGUUCUGUGGGUGGUUUAAGUAGAUGCCUGUCGUAUUUGUAGAGGGGAACGGUGUGCCGCCUCCUGCAAUUUCAACCGUCAAACAUAGUUACAAUCCAAACCUUGUCAGGAUGAGGUCUUGUACUACCAUACUUGGCUGGAUAUACUUUUGCAAGGCAGCUAUGAAGUCUUUUCCUUCCUAUUUUGCUCAUUGUCUUCCUGGGGUGGCACUGAGAGUUGCGCAUUCUCCCUUCCAGCCGCCUAGAAAGGAGUUGUCCUCCAUGGAAACAAACGAGAGAAAAUGCCAGUGGGUUCUGGAGCAAAAGGGCUGAGCAAUUAGAAGAUUCGAACAGUCCAAGGGGGAGAAAGGAUUUAGUAUUUCAGUGGAACGGACUGAGUGACCCAGUGUCACCCCCGUAACAAUUCCAGAAACACACGAUUCAGUAUCAAAAUCACAGAAGGCUAGCAGUGUAUUGAGGAAACACAAGGUGGUAGGGGGAAGGAGAGAUUCCUUCCUCCUUCCCCCACACCCCCAAUCUAUAUUUUAACCCAGCCUCACUCAAAAACUCUGAGAAAGUGAGAAAAUAAGCUGGGAAGAAGCUUUAACCAAAAGAGAUAUGGAGGAAUAGCUCUUCCAUGGGUCAUUCAAAAGGCAGGGCAAUGAAUCACUGUGCCUGCCAUAGUUCUUUCAUGCAAGCUGCGUAUGGGUUGAAUCAUUUGAGAGGUGCUUCUUUCCACCGGCCAUUUAGCAGGGAAACUGGCUGAUCGGUGAUAAAAGAGCAGAAGGGCGGGACAAGGCCAUCUGCGCCCCUUCCCCACUUGGGUACAGAUCAAUCAUCCCCCCCAGAGGCCUGCUUGUCUUCAUCAAAAAGCAAUGUGCAUUUCAGCGUGCUGGCCUAUCCAUCUCUUCCUUGAUUAAUUUCACCUUCUGGCCUCAGGCUCCUUUUGUAUCCUCCACCACCGUUCCAGGAUGACUGUGGUUCACUCUUCUCGCUGAAAUGGAUCAUAAUACAGUGCUGCAUGGAGUGGGAGUGGAGGCAAUGAAUUAAUUCUGUGUUGAUAACCAGUUGGAGAAGAGGCCCCAGCACAUGUUCGCAUUUGCCUUGGAUUAUAUCUGCCCGCCGUAUGGACAGACUUCUUCCAUCACUAACCGUCUUCAAAGAUUGACUGAUCACUCCCAGUUUUCUUACUAAGCAUACAGUGUCCUUUUUUAACCUCCUUCCCCAGUUUUGGACUUCCUUUUGCUUCCCCAUUUACCAGCAAGUUUCAACAUUCGGUCCGUUGUGCGAAGAUUUUUCAAACUUUGUUGCUUUGGGGGGAAAAAAAAGUAAAUGGCUUUUAGGGUAAGAGAUGGAAAAUAAAAAUAUGUCUGUGAUGAAAGAAUGCUAGGUACAAGAGCUGGCAUUUGGAGAAAAGAUCAGAAUCAUCCCCAAAGAAUUAAUAAAUCCAGAAGCCAACUG